GAAUUCCUUCGCCACAAGAAAAAGGCAGCAAAUUUGUCAUAAGUGUCUAUCUUAUCACUGUACAAUUUUUAAUUGAAGUAAUUGGUACUCCUCGAGAGUUUUGUGUGAUUCACAUUAACUAUUAAAAUUAAAAUAUUAAAAUGCUACAAAAUAUAAUUGAUUUCUGCAACUAUUGGUGGUUUCGAUACCUUAUGGUCACUGAGCUGUACAUGGUCGAAAAGUGGGAACGUGUGACAAUUCAUGUAAUAUUUGCAGUACUCUUUUGCCUCUUUUGGUACUUUAACUAUUCGGUGCUUUUAUCGUUCACGGGAAAUAUACUUGGUAUUACACCCAUUUCCACAAUUAUUGAUCAGCAGGGUAGCAAAAUCGCAUAACUAUAGUGAUAAAGUUAUUACAUUGUCUGGUAGCCGGUAGAAACACUGGAACAAUCACAUAUGGCGAGGUGAAAAUUCCAACAUAUAAAUAGUCAUUAUAAGUGUAUUAAAGUGAAAAUAAAGAUUUCUACACAAACUUACUGUAAGCUACACAUCGUAAAAAAUAUUCAAAUGUUAUCGAGACCCAGCAAGUAAGAAAAUGUUCCAACACCAGUAUAUGAAAACAAAGGACAUUAUUUAUUUAAUAGUGUAAUAAUACAUCGAUAGUGCACUAAUUUCAGUAAUGCCUUGCAACAAGUACUCUUAAAAGUAUUUAAAAGUGAACAAAUAUUUUGUUACAUUUAUUUUUAAAUAAUAAACAUUUAACACAUUAAAAGG